AUGCAGAUGAGGGCGAAGGUCGUCUCCGCAGCGAUCGACCCCGCCGCUCCGCUGCAUGGCACUCUGACUGGCACAGUGCCACUGAACUCCUCUGCUCCUCAUCUGUGCGAGCUGGAGCUGCAGUGUUUGGAGAUGCACUUGGCGUUCAGACAUCUUGGUAAGCCAGCUCCAAAGCACCAGCCCGAGGUCAGCUUAACCUCUUCAAAUCUCAUCUCUGCCACUAGUGGAAGGAAACAACAAUGCGGAUUCGCCACCAGAAACUUUGGGGAAGACUCAUUCUUGCGGGCGGCUCUGGUGGUGUCCCUGGGCUCCUACAGGGGGAUGUGA